AAAAACUACCUUGAAACCCAAGCGAGUAAGAACACUCAAAGUUCAACUCUUAGUAAAUAUUUGCAUCAAGAGAGCAAGCAAUGGGUGAGCAACGAGACUAAACUGAAGAUAAGAAUGUAUUUGAAGGUAUUCCAGGAGUUAGUGAACAUCAACAGGGAGAAUAAGAAAACAAAGUUUUUCAUAGUGUCUAAGGAAGACCAGGAGUUUCCUGGAGCCUGCAUUCUCCUGUUUGAAAAUGGAGCAUCGAAAUACAUACAUUUCAAGAUCCCAUCAAAACCUGACGUCCCUGAGGUCUGUGAUGUCACCCAUGACAGUGCGACUCUGAAGGUGGUGCCUCCCAGUAGUGAUGCUGAUCAGAAACUAAAAUACCAUCUGGAGUGCAUUAAUCAGAAGGAAUGGGCAAUUCAAUCCAGCACUGAUAAAACAGAGACCCUCACUGUAUCAGGCUUGCAACAGAACACAGAGUAUGAAUUUAGAUACACAGUGGAAGGGAAGUUGGGGUAUUCUGUGAGCAGUGACACAACCAGCAAAGUCAAGACAACAAGCUCACUUACACAAGCCACAGUGAAUGAAGUUGCAGUUUACAGUCUGCAGGCUCCAGACCCAAGUAACAGAGCUGAGUUUUUAAAAUAUUCCUGUCAGCUCACACUGGACCCCAACACAGCGCAUAGAAUCCUCUGUCUGUCUGAAGGGAACAGAAAGGUGACAUGGAGGAGAGAGACCCAGAGAUAUCCUGAUUACCCAGAGAGAUUUGAUUACUAUCCCCAAGUGCUUUGCAGAGAGGGUUUGUCUAGGACUCGCUGUUACUGGGAGAUUGAGUGCAGUGGUAGAGGGGCUGAUAUAGGAGUCACAUAUAAAGGAAUCAGCAGGAAAGGAGGGGGUCGUUCUGGUCUCCUUGGAUACAAUGACAAGUCCUGGAGUUUGGAAUGCUCUGAUUCCAGUUACACUGCCCGGCACAAUAACAAUUUCACUGCAAUAACUGCCCCCCGCUCCCCCAGAAUAGGAGUGUAUCUGGACUUUAAUGCUGGCACGCUGUCCUUUUAUGGCGUCUUUGACACAAUGACCCUCCUGCACAGAUUCCUAACCACAUUCACUGAGCCGCUCUAUCCUGGGUUUUAUAUUUAUUCUGAUUCCUCUGUAACAAUCUGCCAGCUGAACUAGACUGUUUUGUGUUGUAAGAAACCCUUUGUAUUGAACUCCCUGUCUGUCCUCUCCACUCCUCGGGUGACGGGAAUGUUCAA